AUGGAGGCGGUACGAGGCCACGUCUGUCGCUCAUGUCGACAACGACUUGCUUCGCAAACAGGACCCCGGUCUUUUAGCACAUCAACGGCCAAACGACAAGUACCGCCAGAAUCACCACACUAUGUCGAUAUUCCAUCCUCGUAUCAGCCUUAUAUGCCCUAUGUCACCCCUCAGAAGGGCACCCUACCAGUACCUCGAGAGCUGUUCCCUCUCAAUCGACCUGACAAAGGCAACCAGCGAUACAUCGAAAAUGUUGCCAAAGAACGUUUGCCAGCCAAUGUCAGGCCGCUCGAGAGUCUGACAGAGGUCGGAAGGUACAAGGCUAAGAUGGCCGAGAUCCGCAAAGCCCAAUUCAAAGAAGGUGUAACAGGCUUACAUAAACGAAAACAAGCAGAAAUAGCUAGCAUAAACGCCAAAUCGACUGCCAAAAUAUUGCAGAGAGAUACUCUUCUCAAACAAUCAGAGCGAGAGGAUGCGCGACUCAUGAACGUGUCCAUACCAGCGCUCUUGCAGCCAGAAUCUCAACCCUCUAUUGACGCCUUGAAAGAGCAGGUUGCCUUGGCCAGACAGAUGCACGAGCGUAAGAUGGCCAACGUUUCCAAGCACCAAGCUGCGAAGAAGAACAACAAGAUGGAUGCACUACACACUUUGUACAUGAACGCUCGUCACUUCAUCACAUCAGAGGAACAGCUUCGCGAGAAAAUUCAUGAACAAUUCGAUGUUUCCGACGCUCAAAACAGCGACACUACUAGUCAUGCACAAUUCAGAACACUUGAGUCCUCCGGGUCCAGCUUAUGGAACUUCGGUGCUCCGGAUGGCAUCAGAGACAUGGUUGCGAGUGCUUCUGGCAGGAAUCGCGAUGCGUCUCUGGCAGCAGCCAAUCCAGCCAUGAGGUACAUGGCGAACCUCAACGUCGGAGCUGCCACCAUGAUGAAGGACCAGGCAAGGAUGAAGAAGAUAGCCGAGAAGUUGAGUGGUGGAAAGAUAUAG